AUGUGGAAUUCGGUUGCUAAUUUGAAGGAAAGUUUGAGUAAAAUCGCACUUGAUGUACACGACGAUGACGGCGAUGAAGAUCUGUCGAUUUAUACUCCCCGACGCGAUCGAUUUGAUAAUAGUAAUAACAGUUAUUCAGCUUCUGAGCGAAGGAUUUCUCUCAAUUUCACUAAUUCGAGGUCACCGACACAUUCGCCAAUUGUUAAUGGAUUUGAUUCACCUCAUAAUCGCGAGAUUGAAAAAUACAAAGAAGAAAUUAAGAAGCUUCAGGAGUCUGAGACAGAAAUCAAGGCAUUGUCAGUUAAUUAUGCUGCUUUGCUGAAGGCAAAGGAGGAUCAAAUUUUGAGGUUGGCUGAAGAAAAUGACUCAUUGAAACAAAAUCUUCUUACGACAAAUGCUGCUCUGAAUGCAUCUAAGAAUGUGCACAAGGGGAGAAACGAUCUUUCACCUAGUCGACAGAAUAAAACUGCAGUAAAGAAUCAUACUACCGGAAGCCCACAACAUAAUGGACUAGGAAAUGGAACCACUUCAGCCAAUGGAAAGGAGCUAACAGAUUUGGUGGAAGAAAAAAAUAGAUCCCUUGCAGCAAUGCAAGCGACUCAUGAAGUUCGAAUGAAACAAUUGGGAACGGAACUCGAGAAAGAACGUGACAAAUUUGCGACUUUGCAGAAAAAAUUACAAGAGGAACAGAAUUUGAAUGCAUCUUUUCAGCUGGAGCUCAGAUCAUUAAAAGACGACAAUGAUAGAAUGUCCAAAGAUAUGAACAAAGUACACGUUGAACUGAAUCAGAAGAUAUCAGAGAUAAGAAGAUUGCAGAUGGAGUUACAUGGAAGAGACAGAGAACACACCGAUGACACUGUAGAGAAAUUAAAAAAAGUUAUUGCUACCUUGGAGAAUGAAAAGAGCAAUAUUAAGAAAGAAAGAGAUGAAUUUGAGGCUGCUUUAAAAGUUCGCAUCUCUCCAGCACAUAAAGACAUAUCGGGCGGUAUAGAUAAUUUAGAUAAGCAUUUCAGUAAUGAGAAGGGAGAAUCAUCGAACACAUUUCCAGAACAGGAAGAAAUGCUGCAAUCAUUGCAGAAGCUGGAGAAAGAUUUGAAGGAAACACGCCAAGAAAGGGACAAAGCAUUGCAAGGAUUGAAUCGUCUUAAGCAGCACUUAUUAGAAAAGGAAGCUGAAGAAUCGGAGAAAAUGGAUGAGGAUAGUAAAGUUAUUGAGGAACUGCGAGAAACCAAUGAAUACCAAAGAGUUCAAAUAUUGCAUUUGGAGAAAGCUCUUCGGCAGGCAAUAGGAAGCCAAGAAGAAAUUAAAAUGUCUAAUAACAACGAGCUGAAGAAGUCUAAGGAAACAAUUGAUGAGCUUAAUAGAAAAUUGGCUAGCUGUAUGAGCACAAUAGAGGCUAAGAAUAUGGAAGUUCUUAAUCUGCAAACUGCUCUUGGCCAGUAUUAUGCUGAAAUUGAAGCUAAGGAGCGUCUUAGAGAAGAGUUGGCAGUUGCGAAAGAAGAAUCAGCUAGACUUUUUGAGCAGUUGAAGGAUGCACAGCACCAAGCAGGAGCAUUGAAAGAGGAAAACGGAGAAAUACUGGGAAAGCUUUCACAAGCUGAAAGAAUGCUUGGUGAAGGAAAGAACAGAGUUAAGAAGCUUGAGGAAGAUAAUGAAAAAUUGCGCCGUGCUCUUGAGCAGAGCAUGACAAGGCUAAACAGGAUGUCUGUGGACUCUGAUUUUCUUGUUGACAGGUUAGACUACUUGAAGUUUUCAUGCAUCUAUCAUGAGGCAUUGUGGAAUUUGCCAUACAAGGCAAAUGAGAUUCUUUAG